AUGACUCUUUCCACUCCACCAGGAUCUGCCAUCGUGACAGGGGCCGGGUCGGGCAUUAACCCGGCCCUUUGCAACCCUCCUUCUUCAGAACGGAGGCCCAGAAGCUCGUCCAACAAUAACGAACAGAGCCCGGCCCACGAGCGGUGUUCGUUCGAACGGAUGUCCGCAUCUGGGCCCAACUCCGAACUGUGUUUGUUGUGGCUGAGGAGGAGUUUGGCUCUGCUCGCCUUGCCCAUGUAUGCAAUUGCCAAGCGCGGGAUCCUCGCAUUGAUGCAGUCGUUGGCUUCUUUGGAGGCUGCGGGCAUAAGAGUGACCGCUGUCGCCCCGGGCAUAGUCAAGACACCCAUUUGGUCACAGGACAAGUUGGCGCUGGUGGAUGAGUCCGUCGACGAGUGGGUCACCAAGCCUUACAUGCAGUCACGGUCUACAGGUUGUUUUUAGCCUCGGUGUCACACUUAUAAUACUAGUAGUAUAAAUAAAAUUUAUCGAGAGCAAUUCAAAAGAG